CCUUCUUGUAUCUCAUUUUUGGUAUCUUUGUCCAAGUUCCUACCAAUCGAACCCCUCUAUACCCAUGCCGUUGCGUGCCAUUCAUAAUUCUCCCGCCGCGCAAAACGCUCUGCGUCAUUUGCCUCGCAAACUGCCAUGAGAAUCGGACGGGGAUGUGAGCGUUGUCGCCUUCGUCAUAUUCGUUGUACUAUCCGACCCGGAGCUUCGUCAUGCAAUGGAUGCACACGGCUAGGGAGGAUCUGCCGACUUGAUCCGCCCUUCCGUUUCAAGACUGUUCGUCAUGUCUAUCAGAAGAGCCAGGGCACUGCGUCAAGGUUCGAGCUGGACUGGGAUUCGGCGCAGACAUGGGUGAAGGUUCCCCAAUCAUUAACAUUCGUUCAUGAAUCAGCGGAAGAAUCAACAGACGGAACGAGCGAUGCUCCCGAAUCAGUGGAUGAUGAGCAUUCCUCUCGUGAGAAUGCUCCGGAGCCUGUCACCGUAUUUCCAGUACAGCCUCAGUUUCAGCCUCCACCGAUGAUGAGCUCACCUGGCGAAAAUGGCGUCGCUGAUCCUCCAGUUCCCUCCACGGCAUCCUUGCCGGAUGAGCAUCGCGCGACAGCAUCUGCCAUUUCGCCCAACGGUGUCGCCAGCAUGAUCUCCCCGUUGCCAUCAACAAGUGCAUGGACUAGUGCAACAUCGCCAAUGAGCCCGUCCACGCCGCGGUCAACGAGUUCGGUGUCUAUGAACUCCCGCGAAGCUUUUUUGCUUCGACUGUUCAUACACAAGAUAGCACCAUGGGCUGAUAUAUGCGACCUCCGAUCCCAUUUCACUACCGAAGUCCCGCGCCGAGCUCUUCAGUUCCCCAUGGUCCUCAAAGCCGUCUUAUCUCUCUCGGCGCGUCUCGAUGCGAUCAUGAACGACGCAAGUGACUGGGAAGCAUCAGAGUAUCAUGGUCAAUGUCUCGAACUCCUGAUCGAUGCUCUGGCCCAGCCAGAAGAGACGUACGAUGAUAACCUGCUCAUCACAGUGGUCAUUCUCCGUAUUUACGAGGAACUCGAACGAGAGAACGACGAGAAUUGCCAUUUCCUUGGAUCCAACCGACUCCUUAACACGAUGACAAAGUCCGCCUCAUCCGGUGGGCUUGCCGAGGCUGUCAGUUGGCAGUUUCUGCGUCAGGCGAUCUACGCGUCUAUUGUUCAGUUUCAACCCAUUCAACUCGACUUGGGCAAUUAUGAGCGCUCUGCCGUCUUUCAACGCCGGGAUGAUGCAGCUUACGCUAACGUGAUUAUUUUCCUGUGCGCGCGCAUUAUCCAACUCUAUUCCCGCGGACCGGGAAGUCUUGUCGAUGAGGGCGAGUGGCAUCGCUUGUCUGAGAGCGUCGAACAUUGGUACCGCACGAGGCCGAUCAGCUGGCAGCCGUUGCAGUACAAGGAUGCGAAUACAGCAGAGAAUCGGCCGUUCCCCGAGCUAUGGAUGAUGUCACCUUCGGCAGUGGUCGGGCUGCAAUACUAUCACACCUGUUGUAUUCUCCUCGCCUCCGCAGAUCGUCACUGGGGAACUGUGAGCAAUUUUGGCAUCGCACGGCAGCGUCGGAUUGAAGAGAGCACAAUCGCAUCCCACAUCAUUCAAGUGAUAGGUCUAUCCAUGUCCAAUGAAACAGUUGAGAAUGCAUACUUCAUGGCUUGCCAUCUACUAGUUCGAUAUGGAUAUUGCCUUCGUAAUCCUGUCGAGCAGCGGGGUUCUGUGGAUUUUCUCACCCGAGCAGAGAAGGUCGUUGGGUGGCGGACGGCAUGGGUCGUUCGCGACCUGGAAGAACAAUGGGGCGAGCUACGAAAUUUGGAUACAUGGGAGAAUAGACGUGAUUGA